GGGGGAAGAAAUCCGAGCAAUCGAACCGAGCGCCUCUGGCAAGGAAGACAGGCCCCGACACCCGACUCGACUUGUCUUGCCUGUUCGCGCUAGCAUUAGCUAACGUUACAUGUGCUGAGGUCGAGGGGGAACUGAUCCCAUCUGCUGCUACAAUGCCGACAGUUACUUUACCACCAAAAGAGAAUGCUCUCUUUAAGCGGAUUCUGCGGUGUUACGAGCACAAGCAGUACAGAAAUGGACUCAAGUUCUGCAAACAAAUCCUCUCCAACCCCAAGUUUGCAGAGCAUGGAGAAACCCUGGCUAUGAAGGGCCUCACCCUGAACUGUCUGGGGAAGAAGGAAGAGGCCUACGAUCUGGUCAGAAGAGGCCUGCGCAAUGACCUUAAGAGUCAUGUCUGCUGGCACGUGUAUGGUUUACUACAGCGCUCCGAUAAGAAGUAUGACGAGGCCAUCAAGUGUUACCGUAACGCGCUAAAGUGGGACAAGGACAACCUGCAGAUCCUACGAGACUUGUCCCUGCUGCAGAUCCAGAUGAGAGAUUUGGAAGGCUACCGGGAGACUCGGUACCAGCUUUUGCAGCUGCGUCCCGCUCAGCGAGCUUCCUGGAUCGGCUAUGCCAUUGCCUAUCACCUCUUGGAAGAUUAUGAGAUGGCAGCAAAGAUCAUUGAAGAGUUCCGGAAAACGCAACAGACAUCUCCUGACAAGGUGGACUACGAGUACAGUGAGCUGCUGCUUUACCAGAACCAGGUGCUGAGAGAAGCAGGUCUUUACAAGGAGGCUCUGGAGCAUCUGUCCAACUAUGAAAAGCAGAUCUGUGACAAACUGGCAGUCGAAGAGACACGAGGAGAGUUGCUGUUGAAGUUGGAGCGCCUGAACGAGGCUACAGAUGUCUACCAUCGCCUACAGGAGAGGAACCCAGAAAACUGGUCCUAUUAUCACGGCAUGGAGAAAGCCCUAAAACCAAGUAGUGUGGAGGAAAGAUUUAAGGUCUAUGAGGAUGCCUGGGAGAAGUUUCCUAAAGGCCUGGUUCCUCGCCGACUGCCCCUCAACUUUCUUACUGGUGAGAAAUUCAGAGAUUGUUUGGACAGGUACCUGAGAAUGAACUUCAGUAAAGGGUGUCCGCCUGUCUUCACCACCCUAAAGUCUCUCUACAACGACAAAGAAAAGGUGUCAAUUAUAGAAGAGUUGGUGGUUGGGUUUGAGACGUCAUUAAAAAGCUCCAGACUCUUCAGCCAAAAUGAUGAGAGUAAAGAAGAGCCACCGACCACAUUGCUUUGGGUGCAGUACUUCCUGGCUCAGCACUACGACAUGGUUGGCCAACAGACACUGGCUCUGGAAUACAUCAACACAGCCAUCGAGAGUACGCCAACCCUCAUUGAACUCUUCCUUAUCAAAGCCAAGAUUUACAAGCACGCGGGGAACAUCCGAGAAGCGGCUCAGUGGAUGGAUGAGGCCCAGGCUCUGGAUACUGCUGAUAGAUUCAUCAACUCAAAGUGUGCCAAGUACAUGCUGAAGGCCGGCAUGGUCAAAGAGGCGGAGGAGAUGUGCUCCAAGUUCACACGGGAGGGGGCGUCAGCAGUGGAGAACCUGAAUGAAAUGCAGUGUAUGUGGUUCCAGACGGAGUGCGCACUUGCUUACAAAGCUAUGAACAAGUUUGGGGAGGCUCUGAAGAAGUGCCAUGAAAUUGAAAGGCAUUUUGUAGAGAUCACGGACGACCAGUUUGAUUUCCACACCUACUGCAUGAGGAAGAUGACGCUGCGCUCGUACGUGGAUCUGCUGAAGCUGGAGGACGUGCUCCGGAUGCAUCCCUUUUACUACAAGGCUGCCGUCACUGCCAUCCAGAUAUACCUGAGCCUCCACGACAACCCUCUCGCUGAUGACAGCAAGGAGCUACAGGCCGACACCGCAAACCUGUCAGACAAAGAGCUGAAGAAGCUCAGGAACAAGCAACGACGAGCCCAGAAAAAGGCCCAGCUGGAGGAGGAGAAGAAGAAUGCAGAGAAGGAGAAGCAGUUGAAGAAUCAGAAAAAGAAGAAGGAGGAUGAUGACGAAGAGAUCGGAGGCCCGAAAGAGGAGCUCAUUCCUGACAAAUUGGUCAAGGUAGAAAAUCCACUGGAAGAGGCCGUCAAGUUCCUGAUACCUCUCAAACACCUGGUCAAAGACAAAAUUGACACACAUCUACUGGCAUUUGAAAUCUACUUCAGAAAAGAAAAGUACCUGUUGAUGCUCCAGUCAGUGAAGAGAGCGUUUGCUAUUGAUCCAGACCACCCGUGGCUACACCAGUGUCUAGUGCGCUUCUUUAAAGGAGUUUCAGAGAGCAAAGAGCUCCCUGAAGUGGUUCGAACAGUCCUGAAGCAGGAAGUUUCCCGGCUGUUUGGGGACAGCAAUGCUAAGAGCUUCAACCAGGCCUACCUCUCCAAACACUCCAACUCUAUACCACAUCGGCUGGCAGCUGCUAAGAUGAUGGUGUAUCUGGACUCAUCGACCGUGUCAAAGGCGGUAGAGUUGGCCACCGCCCUCGACGAGUCACUCGACAACAGAACCAUCCAGAUUUGCACAGAGGUCCUGGAGAAUCUUCGGAGCAGUGUCCUGGGCGACUCAAAGGAGCGCGCCGAGUCGUACCGCGCCGAGUGUCACAAGCUUUACCCCUACACGUUAGCAUUCAUGCCGCCGGGUUACGAGGAGAACACCAAGAUCGCCAACGGAGAUGUUUCCACAGAAACAGAAGAGCUCGCCAACGAGAUGUGAGCAUGGCCAGGCACCUGGGGAUGAGAAAAGGAAUGGGGCCUUGCACAGAGCCUUGUGGUACGCCUGGCACAUCAUUUUGUAGAGCCAGACACACUGGAAGCGAAAUAGAUUGUUUCCUUCUUUGGCUCGGCUUCAUUGGGUCUG